AUGCGUCAACUUUUUCUCUACCUACAGGAUAGUGAGUUUAUAAAAAUCUGUAUGGAAAAUGAGAUUUACAGUUUUGACACAGCUCUUAUAUAUACUGGUGGAAAGAGUGAGGAGGUUAUGGGAAAUUUAGAUAAUCUGAGAGAUCCCAAGGUAACUAUUGCUACAAAGGCCAAUCCCUUUGAAAAAGAUUUGAAGUAUGACAGUGUGCUGGAACAACUAAAUAAAUCCCUCAAAAGUUUGAAGAGAGACUCUGUGGACUUAUUUUACCUCCAUGCACCAGACCAUAACACACCCAUUGAGGAGACACUGGAAGCUGUCAAUCAGCUUUAUAAAGAGGGAAAAUUUAAAGCUUUUGGACUUUCCAAUUAUGCUGCAUGGGAAGUGGCAGAAAUUUAUUACCUGUGUAAGACGAAGGACUAUCCUCGACCAACAGUGUAUCAAGGGAUGUACAAUUCUAUCACAAGGGAUGUUGAAAGAGAACUCUUUCCUUGCCUGAGAAGACUUGGCAUGGCUUUUUAUGCAUACAACCCGCUUGCAGGUGGAAUACUAACGGGAAAGCAUCGUUAUGAAGACAGAGAAAACGGCGAGAUUCAGGAUGGCCGAUAUGCUAACCAAGGCACUAGGACCGAUCUUCAUAUGAAGCUUUAUUGGAAAAAGCCGUUGUUUGAUUUACUUGACAAAUUCAGAACAACAUUGGAUCGUAUUUACGGUGAAGGAAAAGUUUCCUUGGUAGACGCGUCCCUCAGAUGGAUGUACCACCACUCUAUGAUGGAUGGUACUUAUGGAGAUGCUGUUAUUGUUGGAGCUUCGUCUGUGAAACACUUGGAGGAAAAUCUGAAGAGUACAAAACACGGGCCCUUACAUGAGGAUGUGGUCAAAGUAUUCGAAGAGGCCUGGGGCCAAAUUAAAUCCGACUGUCCUGAUUAUUUCCGCUGAAGUAACCAGCUGAGGGCUCCUCAGUAAAAGUUUCCAGAAAAGGAAUGUUGUGGCUGGCAUAAAUGGGACCUGAAAGGGAAUAUGAAGAAGGCAAACUUUUUUGGCAAAACCAUGAGCUGUAAAGCUUAUUACUCUACAGCCUUCUCUUUGAAAUAAAUGUAAAAUUUCUCUUUAAAGCA